AUGAUGAAUCUUUUGUGUUGUCUCGGUCUGUUUGCCACUACUACAUUGUCCCAGUCAGUGCAGAUUGGUUUGCCCAAAUUGGGAACCCAAGUGGCAGCAGGUUCGGAUCAGACUAUCCAAAUACAGCGUCCCGAUACAUUGACCGGUUCGAAUGAAAUUGCCAUUGUGAUUGGUAUUUCGCCAUGCCGAGAUGGGAAAUGCACUUCACCAGCUGACAGCAUGGGAACCAUUUUGUACAAGGGUGGAUAUGACCCGGAGUUCCACAACGGCGUCCAGCCUCCGUACCAAAACUUCACAGUCGAAGUCCCUAAAGACAUAUCGGGACUGGCUUUGAUUGGUGUAACGCAUUUGUCGCUUGUUGGAGCCAGCGCCUAUCCUUUAAUCCAGUUUCUCAAUCAGACCGUUACUGUCAUAUAA